AUGGUGGAUCAAGGUAGUGGGGCUGAGAUUAUGUACCCCAAUUUGUACAACGGGCUAGGCUUGAAACCUGAAGACUUGACGGCAUAUGAUUCGCCUCUGGUAAGCUUUGACGGGAAAGUUGUUAUUCCUAAAGGCCAGAUUCGACUGCCCAUACAAGCAGGAUCGGAGGUGGUGGAGGUGAAUUUUAUUGUAGUGGAUGCCUACUCCCCUUACACGGCCAUUGUAGCAAGGUCCUGGCUUCACGCCCUAGGGGCCGUUUCCUCCACCCUGCAUUUGAAAGUAAAAUAUCCAUCUGGGGACCGGAUUGAGGAGCUGGUUGGGAGCCAAUUCGUGGCGAGGCAGUGCCUGAUCGCUGCAAUAACACAUCAACCAAGAGUGGAACCCUCGACCUCUGCUAAGAGGAGCUUAUAG